UUUUACCAAAAAGUUAAACUAUAAUUAUAUCUGUUCACACUGGUUCAACUAUGAUUCACUUCAACGUAAUUGUAUUCCUCCUGGGGCUCUUAUCACCAUUAGUUUAUUCUCAUGGUUGUCGUAUGGAAGACGACGUAUGUGAGUUUAAGCUGGUAAUUUCCUAUAAAUUAACUAUGCUAUACAAUAAGAUCUUGGUACUACCCCAUAAUGGAAAACUCUACAAAUAUGACGUCACUAAUUUUACAAAUGCUCAACCGAUACCAACUGAUAAAGUCAUUACGAUGGAUGGUUUCUCUGAGUCAGUUAAGGUGAUUACAGUAAAUGGUACAGUUCCUGGACCAACGAUAGAAGUUUAUAAAGGACAAAGAGUCAUCAUUGAAGUAGAAAACCAAUUAUUUUCAGAAGGUACAACAAUACAUUGGCACGGCUUGCAUCAAAGAGAAACAUCACAUAUGGAUGGUGUACCUUGGGUUACACAGUGUCCAAUUCAACCAGGUCAGUCGUUCAGAUAUGAAUUUAAUAUUACACAAAUUGGAACUUAUUGGUACCAUUCUCAUAUUGGAACACAACGUACCAUGGGAGUAUUUGGUGCUUUGAUACUACACGAAAAGACAAAACGUAAAAUGGAAGAACAUGUAAUGGUAAUCUCAGACUACAAUCAUGACUGGGAUUCCGAUAUGAGUUUUUUAAAAGUUGGCAUGGGACUUUAUAUGCAUAAAAAAAAGGUUGAUAUUACCAGAUCUGUUGAAGGAGGGCUUUUUAGUCUCUUUCAGUUCAAUUCCGGAACUGUGAAUGGUCGGGGCCGUUAUUAUGAUGAGUCAGGGAAACAUAAUGAGGCUCCACUGACUGUCUUUGAAGUAGAAUCAGGUAAAGAAUAUCGUUUUAGAGUGAUCGCUGCAGGGGCUCUGUACCCAUUUGAAGUAUCUGUUGAUGGUCACCAGAUGGUAGUCAUUGCCUCUGAUGGUUAUGACAUAACACCAACACCUGUUGAUUACUUUAUCAUCAACCCCGGUGAGAGAUUUGACUUCACAAUACAUGCAAAUAACUCUGUCGGAAAUUACUGGAUCCGCGGACAGACACUGCAAAUGGGCAAAAAUAAUACAUUUGAAGCAAUUCUUCGAUAUAAAGGUGCACCGGUCGAAGAACCUAACUCCACAGUUUCUGACUGCAUUCAACAAAAGAACUGCACUUUACUCAACUGUCCCUUUCUUUAUAAUCCCCAUAAAAGUGAUAAACCAUGUUUAACUUUUGGUGACUUAGAAUCUAAUUAUCGAGAUGUACCGCCUUUCCGGUCUGGAAAGUUUAAGGAACAUUUUUUAAAUUUUGCUUUUCCUGGUGAACCUGGGAACACACCUGCAUCAAUAAAUGGUCGGGUGUUCGUGGAACCCACGGUAAACCCUUUAACACAACCAAAUGAAAUAGAUAGUCCGUGUGAUAAAGCCAACUGCGGUGUUGAUAAAGUGUGUCGGUGUACUCAUUCCAUAAACCUGAAAUUUGGUGAUACAAUUCAAGUUGUAAUGACAAAUCUGGGAAAAGGUAAAGGGUUCUCCCACCCUAUACACAUGCAUGGACAUUCAUUUUAUGUAGUUAAAAUGGGAUUUCCAAAAUACAAUGAAACAACGGGAAGAAUAAUAAAUGAUAGUACAGAUAUUGAUUGCAGAGGUGAUCCGAAAAUGAACUAUUGUAAUGAUGCGGCUUGGUCAAACAGUAAAUGGGAGGGAGACAACAUCCCCGGAAUGAAUUUACGAAACCCUCCUCGAAAGGAUGUAGUUAUGGUCCCUACAGGUGGAUACGUUGUAGUGAGAAUACGGGCCGAUAAUCCUGGAAUGUGGUUUGUGCACUGCCACAUUGAAUUACACAGCAAGGAGGGAAUGGCUCUUAUUCUUAACGAAUCUUUCGCUCGGUUGCCAGAAAUGCCGGACAAUCUCCCCGGGUGUCGUAGCUUCAAGAGAAGCGUUUACAACAUAAGGAAAGAUACUGGAAAGGAUGACUGUAAGGACAGAAAUGGUGAAGAUGAUAAGGAUGAUAAAGGUGAUAAUCAUGGCGGUAAGGGAUGUUAUAUUUUUAUUGUUCUUUAA